AUGGCUGCCAAUGUGGAUAGCCGGGUCGAUGCGGCCAACUAUUACGACCCAGAGAAAAAUUCCGACGGCGAUGAUUACUGCUUCUCGGAGACCACUCCCACCUACGUGCGUCACGAAUUCGUGAAGAAGGUUUUUGGAAUUGUUACCCUUCAGCUUGCUGCUACAUUCGGGUUUCUGUUCACUACGCUCUAUGUCGAACCCAUGAAGGAGUUCUUCGAGGAGCGACCUUAUAUCGGGAUUGUGGCAAUUGUCAUCUUUAUCGUCCUCUCCGUUUUAAUUUCGUGCAAACGCACCCUGGCUCACAGAAAAGCUGUUGGGGCGGGACUCCUGGUUGUUUUGACUUCAUGUAUGAUGCUUUCUCUGACAUGCAUGGCGGUAAAAUAUGGGAUCUUCGAGGUCACAGUAGCAGCGGGGAUCACGGCCGCAUUGACGCUGGGCAUCGCUAUAUUCGCUAUGCAAACGAAGUACGACUUUACAGGUUGGCUUACGUACCUCUUCUGCAUCUCCCUCGCCUUGAUCGUUGGUGGUAUCAUCAUGGCCCUUUUCCCUAACCGGAUUAUGCGCAUAGUGUAUUCAUCAAUUGGAGCUCUGCUUAUGUGCAUUUAUUUGGUUGUCGACAUACAAAUGGCCGUUGGUGGUAAGAAGUACGAGUGGACAAUUGACGACUACGUCAUCGCCGCCCUCUGCAUCUACGUUGACAUCGUAUCUCUCUUCAUGCACCUACUCAGCCUUGUGGGUAGUGCUAGCAGCUGA